GUCUGGAAAGGUGUGCAAAAGAUUCGGAUACGAGACGGGAAUUUAAAUGAGUUGCGAAAGUGAAUUUGUAAGAGUAGAAAGUGUGUGAGUUAUGUGGAAGUUGCUGCUGGUUUGGGCCAUUUGUGGCUUUGUCCAGGCUGUUGCCUCUCCUGAUCCUACUUUGGCUGACUUCCUGGCCGCUGCCAAUCAGCAACUAGCCGCCAUCUAUGAUCAGUCGGUCUUGGCACAGUUGCAGAGCGAGUUGCGCGGACCCAACGAUGUUGUGGCGCUCCUCGAGUUAGAAAUAGCCGACGAAAAACUGUUGAACUACGUGAAAACCUUGACACGCCGGGCGGCAAAGUUCAAGCGCUUGCAGCUGGGAGAUGCCAGCCAGAAGAGGCAACUGGCAAGGAUGCCACAGCUGGGCUACGAGGCCUUGAAUGCCAUGGAGCUAAGCCAAGUCUAUGCGAUGGCCUCCAGCAUGGGCGACAGCUACCGCAAUGUCAAACUUUGCGCUUAUAAGCAGCCAGGGAAUUGCACUCUACGGCUGAUACCAGAGGUUCAGGCAAUUGUUCAGCAGAGCCGUGACCUGGAUGAGAUCGAGUAUUACUGGUUUGAGUGGCGCCAGCGCACGGGAUUGGCCACCCGGGGUCCGUUUGUGGCCUUUAUGGAGCUGUAUAAGAAGACCGCCCAGGUCAAUGGAUAUCCUCGUGCCGAGGAUUAUUGGUUCCGAUCGCUGGAGAAGAGUGGAACGCAGAGCUUGGCAUUGCUGGAUAGACUGAUGGCUGGGCUGAGGCCGUUAUUCCUUCAGUUUCACGCUCAUGUCAGGGGUUCCUUGAGAAAGAUGCACGGAGAACGGCUGGUGCCCCGGGGCAAACCCUAUCCACAGCAUCUGGCUGAGGUUUUCAUAGGAAACGCCUUUAGACGGGUGCGUGCCGAGUGGUAUGUGGACUUACCCUCACCCGAAACGGGGCUGGCAAAUAUUACCCAGGAUCUGCAUCGUCGCGGCUUAAGCACCACUCAGCGAGUGUUCUGGAAUGUGGCUGAGUACUUUAGGGGUCUUGGUCUGCCACUGCUGGAAAGCGACCUUUGGACAAAUGCUCAGUCCGUGGCUGCAGACGAUGACGAUCGUUGCUGGCACAAGGUCUGGCGGUAUUACACACUGCCCAGAACCAACUUAACCUACUGUCCUUUGAAUGACGAGGAGCGUUUCUUCAAUAUGUUUGAGGCUCAGAGUGAUCUUUACUAUUAUCGAGCAGCCUCCGGCCAGCCAACCCUGUUACGGGAUGAACCUUUUCCCAACUUCAGCGAUGCCAUUGGCAAGUGCUUCUCCUUGGCAGCCAGCUCUCCUCGCUACCUCCAGAAGUUGGGCCUGCUGCAGGAGGGUAAGUGGCUCGAGCUGCCCGCUCGACUCAACCGUUUGUAUGUGCAGGGCCUGCGCGUGGUCUUUCUGCUUCCCGUCUUCUAUGUCCUCGAUCGCUACCGCGUGGAGGUGCUCAGUGGACACAUCAGAGCGGACGACAAUGAGGCCUACUGGCGACUGACGGAACACUAUACGGGAGCGGCAGCCCCUCGAAAGCGGACCAACGAACAAUUUGAUGUCCCUGCCAAGAUGCUCAUGGAAGUGGAUGAUCAGUAUUUCAGCAAUAUCUUGAGCAUCGUUUUGCAGUUCCAGCUGCUCAAACAUUACUGCACAAAGACGCAGCAGUUUGAAAAGGAUAACCCGAGGAAGGCUUUGGAUCUCUGCGAUCUCUCUGACCAGCGCCAGAUCGGUGCCAGUCUGCAGCGAGCCAUUUCAUUGGGCUCAUCCGUGCCCUACAGCGGUGUGCUACAGGAGAUGGCUGGUGAGCCUGAAGUCAAUAUUGAUGGGUUGUUGACCUACUUCAAGCCGCUACACGAUUGGUUGGUGCAGCAGAAUCAGCUCAAAGGUCUGGAUGUGGGUUGGGCAUAUGAUGGUUGGUCUUAAUAUUUUGUGCACCUGGUAAACGGGAACUUCCAUCUCCGCCUGAAAGUAUGCCCAUUAUUGUAUAGUACAAUUCAUGGCAAAUCAUGUAAAUGUAGAUAAGGGCAUGUCACAAGAUUUUCAAAUAUCAAAUUGUAAGAAAAACGAAUGUUGGAAGAAGAUUGGCUGAAUAUGAACAAAGGUGAAUGUGAGUCCUCGAACUAUCUAAUCAAUCGAAUAACUAAUUUUAAUUCAAAUUGGAUCAGCU